GGGAAUGCUCUUUAAAAAGUAAAACUGGUCAGUUAGAACACGAACGGCGCAACGGCUGUACGUGCGCUUGAAUAUUAAGUUGCAACUGUGUCUCGGUUCCCGUUUUGUGUAUAAACAGUUCGAAAAGAACGAUAUAUUCUAACUUGGAGAUGGUGCUGAGAAUGUUUUAAAAGAAGAAUACGUAAUAUUAUUUUUGAUAAAUUAUUGAAAAAUUAUUCACGAUGUCAGCUGCGGGUGAAAGUGGUAUUCCAGAAGAAGGACGUGGCACAACAUACUACUUCUCAAAGAGUAGGUCUAAUGCUACAAUAUGGCAGAGAUUGUGUCUCUUCUUUUCAAUUUAUUGGAAGUCUGUUAUCGUUGUUUUGACACCGAUUGUUUUACUGCCAUUGCCUAUCUUAAAUUCUGGAUCUGAAUUUGCUCGUGCAUACCGCUGUAUGUAUGUGGUGUUAAUAAUGGCUACGUAUUGGGUGUUGGAGUUGCUGCCUCUUCCAAUUACCGCCAUGUUGCCGAUCGUGCUGUUCCCGACGAUGGGAAUACUGGACUCUGAUCGCACAUGUGCUGCUUACAUGAGAGAAACGAACAUGAUGUUCAUGGGUGGAUUGAUGAUAGCUGCUGGUGUGCAGCACUCUAAACUGCCCAAGAGGGUGGCUUUGUGGACAGUGCAGGUGGUUGGCUGCUCUCACAGGCGUUUAAACUUCGGUCUAACUUUCGUGACGAUGUUCAUAUCAAUGUGGGUUUCAAACGCAGCAGCCACGACAAUGAUGGUACCUAUGGUUGAGGCUAUACUGGAGGUUUUAGAACAGCAAGGCUUUGGUGAAGUGUACAUAAACAAGAAGAAGGCGCUUUCUGAAAAUGGAACCACUGUUAAGACUGAUAAGAAUACAGAAGAAGAGCCUCCUGUGCCUAGUGACACAACCAUCUGCUACUACUUGAGCAUCGCAUAUGCCUCUACCCUUGGUGGAUGUGGGACUCUUGUUGGAACAGCCACCAACUCGGCUUUCAAGGGGAUUUUUGACUCGGAGUUUCCAGAAAUAUCGGGUGCAGUAGACUUCUUUUGGUUUAUGGCAUACAGCACUCCUCCGAUGCUGUUAAUGCAGAUUCUGGUGUGGUUGUCACUACAAGUGACAUACAUGGGUAUGUUCAGGCCAAAUAGUGAGGCCGCCAAAAGGGCUUCCCAGGCAUCUGGUGGGUCUGAGACCACCAUGAACAUUAUAAGACAACAGUACAAGGGACUUGGGCCGGUCACGUUCCAUGAGAAGGCUUCAGGUACCUUAUUCAUCCUAGCUGUGUUCCUGUACAUCUUCAGGAAGCCGGGCUUCAUGUUGGGAUGGGCUGAUGUCAUAACAUCCAUGAGAGUAAAAGAUGGUGUAGUGUCAAUUCUCAUUGUUGUCCUGAUGUUUAUUCUGCCCAUGUCGGUGGACUUCAUCAAGUUCUUCACAACUACCGCAUCAUACGAAGAGUUGGCUGCCUCAAAGCCUUCCACAGGAAUUGUUACAUGGAAUAUUCUGAAGGAGAAGAUUCCUUGGGGUCUGCUUUUCUUGUUGGGUGGAGGUUUCGCGCUCGCUGAAGGCAGUAAGGCGACGGGUCUCUCAGCUAUGAUCGGUUCGUCGUUGACCGGUCUUCAUGGUCUUCCACCAGCUGUCGUUCUACUUGUAGUAGUUCUGGUCACACAGUUCAUCACUGAGUUCACAUCCAACGUGGCCAUCGCUAAUCUUAUACUACCAGUGCUAGCCAAUAUGGCCCGUACUCUGGAAAUGGAUCCUCGAUACUUAAUGGUCCCGGCGACUCUGGCUUGUUCUAUGGCUUUCCACAUGCCUGUGGGGACUCCUCCCAACGCUAUAGUGGCAGGUGUCGCACACAUACCUACCUCUAGAAUGGCUGUGGGUGGUAUCGGUCCUAAAAUAAUCACUACCCUCAUUGUAUGGGGUGCUUAUCCAACUUGGGGUUCGUUGAUCUUCAAGCCGGAGGAUAUUAUCGCUUUAGACUCUGGACCGAGGGUCUCAACUAAGAAUAUCAGCUUAAAUUGUGCCGUCACCGCCAGUAACCUUAUGCCAAAUCACGUUUACAACUGCAGCAUGCCAGUAACUGGCAUAGCGAAUAAAACUCUAGCCCUACAGGUUAGUAAUAGCUCUUUUGCAUGCAAUUAUACGUUAUUUAAGAAAUAAAUGUACCUGAUAUAUUUAGUAUUUAUUUUUUGGUAAAUAUUCGUAGAUAUUAUAUAUAGAGGUUUGAAUUGAAAUAUAUGUAAAGCAUAAAUUAUGCCUACCAAAUGCCUGCAUUUUAAUAGCAUUUUAUUAUAUCACUUAUUAAUUAAUUUUUAUAAAUAUUGUUGGUACUGGAAAUAACUUGUAGAAAAUAUAUUAGUUGUGCCAAUGAUAUUUGGUUUAAUGUGGUAAAGUCUGUUACCAUUUUUAUUUUCAAACGUAGUUCAGAGCAUUUUCUUAUAAAAUAUAUGAAUCUGAUUAUUGCUUUAUAUAUUUACUAUUGUGUUCCUCGUGUGCAUUGUGAUGUUAUUAUAUAUUAAUGAAUAAGAUCUGAAAAUAAAAAUCAAUCAAUGUGAUAUUUAAAGUAGACGUGCCAAUCACUGGCAUGUUACUGGCAUAAUGGUUAAAUAGUUUCGGAAGCAUUUUACAAUGAAACUUAUAUACUAAACCAUAGUUAACCGCUACGCCAAUAGCAUUGCAUUUAUAGUGCCUUAAAAGAUUCAUCCAUUUACUUAUAUCUAUAAAAUAUAUACAAUAUUUUAAAAAUCAAUAUAUUAAGGAUCUUUAUAAUAAUCCUUUUUACCAUAAACAUUAUAAUAAUUCAAAUCAGAGGUCACAGUUUGGUCUGUCAGAGUAUUAUUUAUAUACAUAGUUAACAUUAAUAUUAACAUAAAGUAGCAUUAUAUAUUCAGAUGUACCUUUUGUAUUGUAAUACAAAUAAAACGUAGUGCGAUUGUGUAGUUUCUUUUUGUUUUUACAUAUUAUUAAUAUAAACUCGUCAACAGUUACCACAACACGACUGGUAGAUAAUAUACAAAUAAAAAAAAAAUAUAUAUAUAUUAUUCAAUAUAAUAGACGAUUGAUAUUUUUGUAUUUAAUGUUAUAAGGAUUUUAAAUGGUAUGGUUUGGUUAUAGAUAGGUGAUAUGCACAAAUAUUUAAAUUAUAGUAUUCUAAUUAGGUUCUUAUCAAAGUAAUUGUUCCUUAUAUUUUAAUAAAAUUGAGAUCCGAUGAUGCGUUUUUAUAUAAAAUGUGUGUUCAACCGGAUCCAUUGAAUAAUAUUUAUUUUGCUUUACACGGCAACAUUUUAAAAAGUUUUUAUUGCUUAUUAAUAAUGUUGCCAGACGUAAAAUAUGCUCAUGUAAAUAUUGAUUGUAUUGUUAAUUGUUAAUAAACAUUAAAUGUGUGA